GUAGGUGGCCACAGUGCGACACUCGUACAACGUUCGUUCACCUGCAUGGAAACAAGGCAUUUUUGGUGGUCACACAUCACCCAAGCAUCCACCCCACGGGUGUCAGCCACCUGCCAGCCCUCAGAUCGCAGGGCUGAAGGGAAACUGAGGCACGUCUGAGGCUGCCCACUUCGGCCGAGGUGGUCCAGGGGCACCAGGCAUCAGGCUUGGGGGGGGUGGUUAGGACAAAGCUCCUCAGAGGGCAGAGGUUUCUGGAGCCGGCAUUGAGGAUCAGACUUGGCAUUUUGCUGCCCAGUGCCCGUACGGCCCCGCUCCGGCUCGCAGCUCAGCCCGAAGAGGUGCGGGGGUACGGGUGGGGUUCCCCCCGUUCCUCACCGCGCCCCUCACCCUCGUGUCCGGGUUGGCGGAGGCUCCUCCGUGCCACAGGGACGGGGAUCGGGAGGAGGAUGCGGAGGACCGGUAACGGCGAGAAGAAGGGCUGCGUGUUGCUUAACGCCACUUAGGAGCGGGGGGAGAUGGCCCCGCUGCUGUCCCUGUGGCUGGUGGCCCUGCUCGGCCUGGCCCAGGCGUGCCCCGAGCCCUGCGCCUGUGUGGACAAGUACGCCCACCAAUUCGCCGACUGCGCCUACAAGGACCUUCAAGUGGUGCCCACCGGGCUACCCUCCAACGUGACCACCCUCAGCCUCUCAGCCAACAAGAUCACCUCGCUGCAGCGGCGUUCCUUCGUGGAGGUGACCCAGGUCACCUCCCUCUGGUUGGCACACAACGAGAUCCGCUCCAUUGAGCCCGGCACCUUCGCCAUCCUGGUGCAGCUGAAAAACCUCGACAUCAGCCACAACCAGAUCGUGGACUUCCCCUGGCAGGACCUGUACAACCUCAGCGCUCUCCAGCUGCUCAAGAUGAACAAUAACCACAUGGCUCUGGUGCCUCAGGGGGCAUUCCACACCCUGAAGGACCUCCGGUCCCUACGCAUCAACAACAACAAGUUCACCAGCCUUGCAGAGGGGAUCUUCGACUCGCUUAGUUCCCUCUCCCACCUGCAGAUCUACAACAACCCCUUCGAGUGCUCCUGCAAGCUCCAGUGGUUGAAGAAGUGGAUGGACAGCACACUUAUCUCCAUCCCUGAGAAGGACUCCAUCACUUGUGCCCUCCCGGAGCAGCUCCGAGGAGUGCCGGUGGGGAAGAUCCCGGACGUGCAGUGCACCUCGCCUACUGUGCAGCUCACCUAUUACCCCAACCUGGACACCACAGAGCUCUUUGAUGGCUUCACCCUGACGCUGCACUGUGCUGUGACAGGCACCCCACCACCUGAAGUGAGCUGGAAGAUCCGCACCUCCAGCCAAACCCUGGAGCUCAAUGGGAACCCAAAGGAGAGCGCUGGGAAGGACCUCCCCAAACAGGACCCCCAGCGCUUCUUGGUCUUCAAGAAUGGCACGUUGCUGAUUCCGCACCUGAGCAAGCGGGAAGAGGGCACCUACACCUGCCUGGCCACCAAUGAAAUGGGGAGCAACCAGACCUCAGUCAACGUGGCUGUGGCAGGCACCCAGAAAUACCCACUGCAGCCCGGGAGGGACCCGCUGGGGGGUAAAGCGCAGCCAGGUGAGAAGAAGCCUGGGGCCAAGGGAGCAAAGAACAGUGUGCUCAUGCCAGAUGAGAGGAACAAACCCUUCGGUCCCACCCGGCAGAGCCAACCAUCCUUGGCAUCUGGGACAGAGUCCAUGGGAGAUGGGCAAGUCCCUUUCCAGCUUCCACCCUUUGAGAAGAAGUGUGGCUCCACACAAACCAGCAAGUACAUUUCCAACCACGCCUUCAACCAAAGUGGUGACUUCAAGCAGCACACGUUUGACCUGGGGGUGAUUGCUUUAGAUGUGUCAGAGCGUGAUGCCCGGGUACAGCUCACACCCACUUACAUGCAGCCUGAGAAGGUCCAUCUCAGGAUGCUCUACCUGUGCCAGGAGAGCACCCAGGGCCAUGCCUUGGUCCAGUGGUCCAAGAUCGAGGAAGGGGUGAACUCAUACUGGUUCCAGGGCUUGAAUCCAGGCACCAACUACUCUGUGUGUCUCACCUACCUGGGGGAGGACUGCCAGGUCCAAGUGGUCUUCACCACCAAAAAAGAGAUCCCCUCACUCAUCAUCAUCGUGGUCGUGAGCAUCUUCUUGCUGGUGCUGGCCACCUUACCCCUGAUGGGGGCCACAUGGUGCCACCUCCUCUCCAAGUACCAAGGGAAGACCUACAAGCUCAUCAUGAAGGCCCAGAACCCAGACCAGAUGGAGAAGCACAUGGCCGCUGACUUUGACCCCCGCGCGUCCUACCUGGAGUCUGAGAAGAACUACAAUCCUAGUGAGGUGGGGGAAGUGGAAGUGGAGGAAGAAGAUGACGAGGAGGAGGAGGAUGAUGAAGGAGGCAGGCGGAGGAGGAGGAGAGAAGCCGAAGGGGGUCCAGAGAUGGAGCGAGAAGAGAGCAUGGCAGCCAGCUCCAUGGCGGAGUCACAGUCCAAAGCCAAUGGUGAGGAGUUUGAGGUCCACUCCGAGUACAGUGACAAGCUGCCGCUGGGCGCCGAGGCCGUCACCAUCUCCCAGGAGAUCAACGGCAACUACCGGCAGCGUCCCCGCUGAGCCCCCCCGCACCCCACCCUGGUCCCCACCUCUCCCCGGCCCCCCUCCCCGCCUCCCGGGGCACCGCCGCUGCUUUUCCUCCGAGGAAAGACCGCAGCACCCUUAGCGACGCCCGCCGGACCUUUGUCCUCCUCGUCCUCCUCGUCCUCCUCUUCCUCCUCCCUCAGGCGGCAGGUCCCCGGGGAAGGUACUUCGUCCGCGGGGAUGCUCGAUGCGGGCGGGACGUUUCUCCCACGAUUUCGUUUCCGUUUUGGGUUACCGGCGGUCCUCGCUCCCGUCUCGGCGACAACACCGCAACGAUUCCUGGUGCCCUGCCCGCCUCUGCCCUCCGCUCUCCCCGUAUUUUAUUUCCCCUAAAAGGAAAAAAACGAAAAAAAGAGAAAAAAAUGGGUAAUUUAUUUUUUUUUUACUCCGAUAUCCCAAAACAAUUUUUUUUUUUUUCCUGGAAACGGUUCAGCCCCCGGCGGGUCCCUGCAGCUCCUCGGUCCGGUCUCGCCGCUCCCCCCCGGUCCCCGGUGAGUCCUCUCUCCGCUCCCCGGUCUCCGGUUCUGCCGCUCCCCGGUGCGGCCCCGCCGAGCCCCGCUGAGAACCCCGCCGCAGCCCGGUGAGGUCCCCACCGUUCCUCGGCGUUAUCCUCCGCCUCCCGGCUCCCCGGUGGGUCUCCGCCACUCCCCGAUGGGUGCCCAUCGCUCUUCCGCGCAUCCUAAUUUUCCCCGGUGGCUACGGGGGCUCCCCGCUCCCCGGCGGUGCUCUCCGUUCACCGGUGGGUGCGGCGGCUCCCCGGUGCCACCCUCCCCCCGCUGCCCGGUGGGUGCCGGGGGUCCCCCGGUGCGUUCCCCGCCGCUCCGUUCAGCACCCGGCGGGGCUGGACAGCUCCGCGCCCCCCGCCUGCUCCCCGGGAUGGCGGGGGCGGCCCGAUCCCAUCACUCCCCCGCCCCCAGCUCCCGGUCCCGGCCCGACCCCCCCGGCCCGGCGGGGCCCCUCGAUGUGUGUUGGGUAGAGUAGCCUUGUAGCCAAGUGUCUGUGCCGUAGACGCGCCCGUGCUGCUGGCGGGCGGGCGGUGCGGGGGGGGAACCGGGAGGCGAGAGGUCGCCACCGCCGCCUCCCCCUCCCCGCUCCGGUCCCCGCGAGCCCCGAGAUCGGUGAGAGCCGCGGGCGCCUUUCUGCGAGCUUCUGUCUGUGAAAGAGUCAAUAA